AGAUUCAUACAUUGUGUUAUGUUUGCCAUGAAUUCUUCACCUGUUUUGAAGAAUGACCCAAUCCGAUAUAUUUUGGUGGCUACCCUAAUGAGAUUUUCUUUGAGAUCUGUGAUUGUAGCAGAGGGGUUGGGCCGAUAUGCCCUUCUCAAUGGAGCGACCCUAGCAAGCAUGUUUAUCUACAAGGAAUUGCUAGAAAUGGGAUUGACUGGCUUGAGGCCAGAUUCUGCAAACAAGGAAUCUUCCAAACAUUGUGAUCGCAAAUUCCAAAAGAAACUGCAGUUCUAUGCUAAGGUUAAAGAUACCGUUGCUUCCUUAAGUGCGAAGAAAGUGAUUACCAAGAAGAAAAGAUUGAGUAACCGGCAGAAGAAGUUGAAAGCAUAUGAUCUUUCAUCCCUUAUAGGGUCCCUUCCUGAGUCGGAGGCUGGAAGGCAACAGCCUCCAGCUACCAACUUGAAGUUGAAUGCGAAAUCUAGGCAGAAGCUAGUGGUGCAGGAAGGAAACCAUUUGUCGAAAGUCUUUCAGCAUGCGGCUUUCCAGUCGGAUCCAUUGUCUGCCAUUCAUCAACAUCUACUGAAUACACAACCUACUGAAGUCAAAAAGCCGGAGAAAAGUUCUGGCAAAACUGGAAAGAAGUCGAAAAAGAAACAGUCAAAGGCUACUACUGGAGCUCAGUCUAUGGAUCUGUAGCUAAUGAGGGACGACUGAAAGGUCGGGGUUCUCAGAUUACAGAAGACACGGUUGCAAGGACUUGCUUUAUCCACUUGGUUCAAGGUUUAUGAAUCUGAUUUUGCAGAGGAAAGGCUUAAUAAGGUGGAGAUCAUCUCCAUUGAUGCAACUGGAGCCUUAUCCCCAGCUGAAAACAGAGAUGGAAAUGAAGGUGUGGAUGCUGAUUUGGCCUUAAACAAGCACCUAAUGUAACUCUACCCUUGAGCUGUGAACAAGCCAUCAGCGAAACAAUAGUUAAGGACUUAUAAAAUAGCAUGCCCAGGUAAAAUAAGGAUUUGCCCAGAAAAGGAAGAAACAGCAAAUUAUGUCAAUUAUAAGAUAUAAGUUUUCCUCCCUUUCCCUGCACUUGGUUUCUUGCUGAUUUCAAAGUUACAAUUGUUCAGUGGAGGGUUUUGAAAUACACAGCUGCAUUUAUGACUGUAUUAUCAUUCA